UAAAUGGAUUGUGGGGGAAUAAAAAGUGUCAGAAUAUCUUUUUUGAUGACAAACCACAACUGUUUCAAGCUGUUCUAGAAAUUUUGAGUCAGAAAUUGGGACAGAUACUAUCUGAUAUAAGCACUGACAUCAGUUUUCUGACUUUUAAUCUGUGAAGGUUGAUGGAACAAACAUGUCAAACGUAAUACCAAUUGUUUCAUCUUCCCCACCCCCUUUGGAGGAUACAGGGGGUUUUGAUGAUUGGGGAGAUGAUGAUGAUUUUGGAGGGUUUAUGGGAGCAGAUCAGACUCCUAGUACCUGGAACAACUCUAUCAGUACUGAUAAUACUAAUACAUGGAACAACUCAAUUAAUGAGGACAAGUCCACAACAUUAGAUGAAGUCAACGCAAACAUUACCAAUAAAAUACCUCAACAUUUCACAAAUGCAGACAAAAUUGAAAAUUGCAAAACAAAAUCCAGUCCUUUAUCACUUAAUUUAGAUAAAUCCUUGCCUUAUGAUAACAUAUCAAAUGAUGUGUCAAAUGACCAACAUACAGACUUAACAGAAAGUAAAACAUCAGACACAAUCAGUGGAAAUUCAACAGGAGAUUCAGGGUUGUUUGACGUGUCUCCAGUUCCUAUAUCCGAAGACACGAAAAGUGAUAAUUCAGAACUUUCUACUGACCAAGAGACAUUCCAGAAUACACCAGACGACAUUCCAUCCGAUAAAUCAACACUUCAAAACAAUGACUUUAAAACAAAUUCAGAGGAAAAUUUGAAUCACGUUGGUCUAAAUGAUAAUGGUAAAAAUUCUUCAACGAUACAAGUUUCACAAAAUGUUGAAUCCAAGGAAGUGGAGAGCAUUUGUGAUGUGGAUACCGAAAAUGAAAAUAAAAAUGACUCUGUUGUUGAAGAAUCUAUAGGUAGUUGUCAAAUAGAAACAGGUGAAAUUAAUGAAGAGAGUGUUCUCUCUAAUUCAUGUAGUUCGCUGGACAAUGACGGUGCAAUUUCUAGUGAUGAUCUAUGUUCUAGUCAUGAAGAAAAACAAUGCAGUAUUGAGUAUGCAGCUAGUCAGGAAAUUGUGAACCAAAAUGAUGUUGAGAAACAGACAGAUAAUUCUGAAAAUUCAGUGCAAUUGUCAGAUGAAAACUCUCUUGAUAAGUUUGAAGUUUGUGAAGGUGAAGAAGAUGAAAAUGUUUCUGAAAAUGAUAAUGUAAAUACCAAUUCCCCUGGUGAGACUGAAAAGAUAAAUGAGAUUUUAGAGGAUGAAAAAAUUACAACUUGUGAUGAUUUGGAAGAUUCUGGUGAAGAGUUUGCCGAUUUUAGUAUGGCAGAAUGCAGAGAAAAUCAUUCUGAAAAUUUAGUGCAAAGUGAUAAAGUAGAAUUGGAAAAUUCAGUUCAGGUCAACGAUUCUGAAAACAAUGAAAAGGUUAUUUCUAGAUCUAAAAAUAAUGAAAAUCAAGAAACCAAUAUUAAAGACCUGGAAUUGAAAGAUGAAGUGGAAUUUGCAGAAUUCGGUGAUACAAAUGAAGACAGUGACAAAGAUAUUGAAAAUGUCAGUUUGUCGUCUGCAGAUGAAAGUAAAGAAGUAUCUGCAACAAAUUCUGAUUCUGUUCAAACUGAAGAAAAAUUGGAUGAAAUUAUUAAAAAUGAUUCAGAUGAAGAUGAAUUUGCUGAUUUUAGUUCUGCUCCAGUAGGAACAGAUGAAAGUAAAGAAGUAUCUGCAACAAAUUUUGAUACUCUUCAAACAGAACAAAAAGUGGAUGAAAUUAUUAAAGAUGAUUCAGAUAAAAAUAUUUCAGAUGAAGAUGAAUUUGCCGAUUUUAGUUCUGCUCCAGUUGGAACAGAAAAUGAUGGUUUUGAAAAUUUAACAUCAAGUAAAAAAGACAAAUCUACAAAGACUGAAGAUCAAAAUGCAGGCUCUGUAUACGUAGAUACAGAAGAAAGUUCUAAUAACUCAGGUUUAAAACCUAUUGACAAAAUUGAACAAGUUGAAAUUUCAAAUUCCACAACAGCCGAUGUUGAAAAAGAUAAUUUUGCAAACUUUUCAUCAACACAAAAUGAAAAUGAACAGCAAGAAGUUGAACAAACAAACUCAAAAAGAGAUAUAAAUGAAGACGAUGAAUUUGCUGACUUUAGCUCAGCUACAAAAGGCGAUGAAUUUGCUGAUCUUAGCUCAGCUUCAAAAGACGAUGAAUUUGCAGACUUUAGUUCUGCCGUGAAAGAAAAUGAUGAUUCAGAAUUUGGAAAGUUCAACAAUUCAGGAGACAAGUCUGAAAGUGAUGAUGAAUUUGCAGACUUUAGCUCAGCCACAAAAGGUGAUGAGUUUGCUGACUUCAGUGCCACAGGAUCACAGGGGCAGACGUCUUCAUUACAAGCUAGUGACAAAUCAGACUGGGCAACAUUCCAACAAACAACUAAACCAGAAUCUUCGAACACACCUAUUGAAUCCAAAUCCUCUACACAGAAAAAUGUUGGCAGCUUGUUGUCUGGAUGUUUCGAGACCACUGCAGUUAUAUCUGAGGGCGCCACUGAUUUAGAUGUUGUUGUAGAAGACAAUAGUAACCAGUUAUGGAUGAAAAUUCAGAAGAUGGAUAACUCUGGGCAGCUGAAAUGGCCACAAUGUUCUUGUAACAAAAAUCUUUAUGUCUCACUAAAGAUUGAUACUAAGAAUAUAUUAUUUGGUCAAAAGAAGCCCACAGUACCAAUCUAUGCUUCCAACAUGACUUUACUAGAACCUACAAAAGGAGCACCACCAUUAAUACCAGAGGUGCCUCUUGUGGACACAAAUAAAGAGGUGGAGGUUAAGGAUUUGCCACCGGUUCAGUUUGAUUGGACGUCUAGUGGUUUAACGAAUCCUCUAGAAGUAAACAAUAAGCAUCAGCAUUUGGAUUUCCUCAAUAUAGAUGAUUCUGAACUUACAGCCAAAAAAGCUUUUGAUGCAGAUUUAAUACAUGGACAGAAACCUGCAAUGCAACCAUUACAGAAUAUUCUUGCCAAUUUGAAAGUGACUAAGAAAACGAGACUGGAAGAUCUUAGUAAUGAAGCUGGUCGAGUUAUAAGCCACCUACCAAACUUAUCAUUUAUGAAAGCUAAAGUUUUAAUGUUUCCACUCAAAACAGAAUGACAUGUGAUACGGAAGUGUCAACAGAAAGCUAUAAUGUGAUAAACAGUGCUUGUUUGUUUUACUGCCAAUCGUGUGAUUUUUCUUCCCAAAUCUACUAUUUUAUGAUAAAUUGUAAAUUAAAUCUAGCUUACAAUCGUAGCAAUUUGGAGGAAAUAUAAUGUCUUAUAUUUUCUCUAUAUGACAAAAUCAUCAGAAAACAGUUAUUUUUUUUCCAAAUUGGUAAAAUUGUAAGCUUGAUUUUGCUUCUUUAAGUAGCUUGUAUUUGACUGAGUACCAGAAUGUACUAUCAUAAUGCAGGCAGUUUUGUUGAAAAAUUUCAUUAUACAGAGUCAAAAGGGCUAUUCCAGAAAAAAAUGUAUGGGAGGGUUGGAAGGCAGUUUUUGUCAGCACCCGCCACCCAGACAAUUGUAAUUGAGAAUUAUAGUGCAUUAUAGUGUGAAAAGUUGCUCUGAUACCCAUCACCCAUGUAUUAUUCAUACAAUGUGCCUUCCAACCCCCCCCCCCCCCCCCCC